CUAUGGAUGGCAUGGCUCUCUGGUAGUAACUAUACCAUUCCUGACGGGUGUUUGUCUAACCUGUUCUUAAAAACCUCCAGUGACGGAGAGUCCACAACCUCCCUAGGCAAUUUGUUCCAGUGCUUAACUACCCUGACAGUUAGAAAGUUUUUCCUAAUGUCCAACCCAAACCUUCCUUGCAGCAGUUUAAGACCAUGUCCCCCCAAUACCCACUCCUCUUUUUUUCUAAGACAGCCCUUCUUUGCAGCACCUUCACUGAAGUUGGCCCAGUAAAAGAUAUGACCUCACCCACCUUGUCACAGGAUCGUCGGUCAAGGGCCACAGUUUAUCUUUGUGAGGCUGCCUGGGACGACGUGCCUGUGUUAAAGUAUAAUUUAAACAAAUUACAAACGUGCUUGGUACAUGCGUGUUCAUGGGAGGGAGGCCUUUCGAGUGAUGCCCAACUCAGCCCAGUUCUGAUGACACUGUAGUAAAAAUGUCCAGCAACCGGAGGACCUGGGAGCCGGGUGACACCGAGUCCCCCCGCCACAGCGCAGAGGAUACUACUGUGAUGGGUGACACAGACAAAGAAACAUAGCUACAGAGUGGAGAAGUCCAGCUCAAAGAACAGAACGAUUCAGGCUGAAUCAUUCAGGAUUUCUGUUUCUGCUUCUAAAUUUGAAACAGCAAAUGUAAGUAAAAUUAAUGUUCAAAAAGUUGUUUUUAGUACCAAAAGAGACAUUAACGUACAAUCAUACAUGAUUAAGAAAAUAUACAUGAUCUUUAAUAACAACCCUGCUGAAGUACAUAUUCUGACAGAACUAGGAUUUAUAUGUUUAAUUUCUAAAAUUCUUUUUGAGGACUCUUGGUAAAGGGAAAGCUCUUUUAUAAGGAAAACCUUGCCCACACAAGAUAUGAUAGCAUCUAACUCCCAACUCAGGAGCUAAAUAUGAACCCUUGUCUGGGAGGGGGUGGCAGCAGGCAGAGGGGUACUUGAUAACCAGGAGGCAGAGCAGAGGACAUGCUAAGGAUGGGUGAGUGAGUAAUAUGGCCUUGUGGUACAGCUAAUUACCUUGUAUGCUAGUUCAUUCUUGUGAGUUGUUUAGAAGCUGGUAAGUAAUUCCAGCUAAUUCAGUUUUGUUCUGUAGGGGAGCUCCAGUGGCUGUGAGAAAUAGGCUUGGGGGACUCGGGGUCACCAGCUGUUUUUAUCCCCCUGAGGUCGACCUGCUGAACCCUUCUCCUCCUUUUUUUGAGAAUUUUUAUUUCCUUGGGAUGGAAUUUUUUCCAAGGGCUCCUGUUGUCAGUUCGUUUGGGGCCAUGUUGGAAUGUUACUGUCAUGGACAGGCCAGGGGCUGUGAAUGUUUGUUUACUGCCCGUGACCUGUCCAUGACUUUUACUAAAAAUACCCAGGACUAAAAUGUAGCCUUAUCUAUUAGUGUGGAGAACAGUCUCCCAACAAUGAAGGGCUGGGAGAUUAGGAGGCUCAGAAAACUGGUUAACGGGAGCCAGACCCUUUCCUCUUCACGUCAAGGGUGUGAAUCCAGCUGUAGGCCAGUAAUUAGUCCCAUUCGGUUCCAUAAGAAUAUUCAGGUGAACAAGGGCUUGCAGCAUCAUGCCCUAGGUUCAGUCCCACGUUCGUGUUACAACUGGCACUCCCAGCAAAGAGACAGAAGUGGGAAUCAAGAGCAACAAGAUACCUCAUGGCUGGGAGGCUCCACUGCACAGCUGAGGCACAUUGGUGAGGGCAACACAGAGAAGCUUGCACUGCCAUUGCUCCCCCUGUCUGUUCGCUAGAUCCACCUUUUGUCUCAUAUGUAGACGGUAACGUCUUUGGGGCAGGGACUGUAUGUUACAGAUGUGUACGUUGCUUAGCACAAUUGUCUGGUGUAAGUGCUACUGUCAUACAAAUAAAUAAUGUUUACAACAUUACUUCAAUGUGUUGAGCACUUAAGGUGGAACCAUGUAGCACUUUUUAAAAGAAAUAUUACCUAGAAGAUAUAUCACUGGAUUUAAUCUAAUUCUCUGUCCUCUAUACAGCUAGUAUUUUUGCAUUGGAAUGGUGAGACUUUUGGCUGGUCCCCACAUAAUAGGAAUGUAAUUAAUCCAGUAUUUCAGGUCCUUUUGUUUUUUCCAAUAUAAAUUACUCAGUGGUAAAAAGCAGUGAGUAGUAGCUUUGUAUCGACUGAGUUACGGAAAAGGUGACCUGCAUUAAUCUUGCUUUUUGGUUAGUCUGAGCCCUAAAGCACCUACCCAGUAUUUUGCACUAAGGUGGAUGUUUAAUCGUAAUGAUAAUUAGCUAGCAGAAUGCAGUUUGAUGUUACUGAAAUCUACCUAGGGCCAUUUAUAACCAAUUUUACAUGUAAUGUACUGUUGUUUUCCUUUAACUAUAUGUAUAUAAAACCUUUAAAACAUGGCUUUUGGGGGGGUGGGGGUGUUAGUUAUUACAUGCAUUUUCUCCAGUUAGCCGGUGUCCUCUUCUUUUGUACAGCAUUUAGCAAUAACCACUAUUCUAGCAGAGGGUCCAAAUCCUAUAAAUUAAGGAUUGCCUUCACUCCAGAUUGUGCAAGUAAACCACCAUUUUUGGUGUGGCCACAAGUCUCAAGGUUACUUGACACCCAUAAAAAUAGCACCCCAUUGCAACUGCCCAUCACCAAUAUGGCGAUAUUUUGAGAUGAGGUGACAGUGUAAGCGUCAGGACAGGAUGAUGACCAUUGAAUAUCCCCAUCUUACAUGUAUAUGGCAGAUAGAUAUUUUUUAAACUAUGCCCUGCUCUCUUCUGGGUGGGUUUUUUAUUGUCUUAAAGGUUAAAACAAAAUUCUGACUCUAUUAUCUUAACACAGCUGAGUUAAUAUAUCAACAGGUUAAUGCCUUGUUUUGUGAAUCUUGAGAGCAGCUGGUAUCCAAAGUAAAUGAUAUUGUUAUCUUAUAGCUCUCACAUCGUUUUGUCAUGGCUUAAUAAAACUGUACUAACCAUGAAAAAUGGUGACACUGUAAGCAAGCCGUUUUCUGUUUGAUGUGCCAGCUGCAGUUUCAUGCUGUUCGCAGGGUGGUGCUAAUUGAACUGAUGCAAAUAUAGAGAGGUCUUUGCAGAACCGGAUGUUACACACGCUGGUCAAAACACCUGUGUUAACUUGAGCUCCACUGAAAACAGAAAAUAGCUUAUGACAAAUUAUAGAGGCUAAUAUAAUACAAUAGAAUAGAAUAGAAAAAGUCCAGUUUUACGGGGACCUGUGCAAUCAGAAGUAUUGACCGGACACCAUAAGUCCAGUUACAAUAAUUUUCUAUCAUUUUCUAGUGUGCUGUAAAAAAUAAAACCUGAAAUUAGCGUAAUAUAUCUGUCAAAACAAUAUAUUUGAUUGAAUCUUUGAAUAACUUUUUCAGUCUACAAUCAGAAGCAGUAGGGACCAACUAGCCUUUAAAGAGCUAAGCCACCCGGCAUCAACGGUCAGUAAUGUAGUUAGCGUUUCCCCAUCCACAGUCAACACUGUUUUAUCUAUCAGCUAAAUUGUGCUGCAGUCACACUAGUGCGAGGUGAAAUGGCGGAACCCGAAAAGAAAAGGAUUCGAAGGCUGUGCUCUUUUAAAGACGAGUGGUUGCAACUCCCAGAGUAUCGGAAUUGGCUUUCAAAGGCAAGUGAAGAGUCGGGAUACUGUUCUAUUUGUCGUGUUCAAUUCAAGAUUCAGUUUGAUUCUGUAAAAGCUAUCCAGCAUCAUGCAGAGACAGCGGGUCACGAAAUCAAAGUACGAGCACAAGUCCAGUCCAGUAUAAUCGAUAAAUUCUUCAUAUUGCCUGAUACCUCCGAAGAAGAACAGGUGUGCACGGCUGAAUUGCUCUUAACAUACCAUGGAGUUAAACACCACCACAGCUACCAUUCUCAAGACUGUGGAAAUAAACUGUACCCCUCCAUUUUCACUGAUUCCAAGAUAGCUUCCAAAAUUCACUGUGGAAGGACAAAAGCGGAGGCUUUGAUUGAGAAUGUAUUAGCCCCUCAUUCAUUAAAACUGGCUGUGCAAGACAUUGGAUCAGCAUCGUUCUCAAUAGUGACAGAUGCUUGGAAUAAAGGGAACACAAAAUUAUUCCCAGUUGCCCUCCACUACUUUAAUAAAGAUAAGGGAAGCUGCACAUGUGUCCUAGACUUUUUCGAGGAUGCAGAUGAGACCUCAGAGGCAAUCGCAAACAACAUAAGAAGUUGUCUUCAAAAUGCUGGUCUGAUACAUAAUAAAAUUGUGGCAUAUGGAGCAGACAACGCAUCUGUCAAUUUUGGAAAGCACAAGUCUGUUUUGGUGCACCUAAAACAAAUGUUGGAUUUACCAAACCUUGUGCCAGGGCAUUGCAGCACUCACAUAGUGCACAACACAGCAAAACAUGGCUUGAAAAUGCUCUCUUAUGAUGUAGAGAACUUGGUCAUCAAGGUUUUCAGUGAAUUCUCGUCCAGUGCAAAGAACGUUAGUGAGCUUAAAGAGUUCUUUGACUUCCUGGAGACAGACUAUUCGGAAAUCUUACGCCAUGUACCUACACAUUUUUUGACCCUUUUCACUGCCGUAGACAGGUUACUGAAGCAUUGGCCUGCCCUCAAAUCUUACUUUGUGAAGAAGGGAGAGGAAAAAGUGAGCUGCGCAAUAUGGGCCUUUCUCUCUGAGCAAGAGGAUGCAGUAUCCGAUGAUGACAUUAUUACGCUUCCCGAGCUGUACGUCUACUUCGUGCACAACAUUCUGAGCCAAUUUAACAACACCAUAAAGGUUCUUGAAAGUGAUUACGUUCAGGUAACUGAACUGUAUGGCGUAUUCAACAGGCUGAGAAGAGAGAUUCAGAACCGACAAGAGCAAGGCUUCUAUGGGUACAAGGUGACACAGUUCUUGAAGAAACUGCCGCCUAAUGAGCAGAAUAAAUUUGUUGGAGAUGCCCAACGGGCUUACACACGCAUGCUGCAGUACCUAGAAAAGUGGUUUGAUUUCAGCGAAAACUCUUUCUAUGUGCUGUGUGCACCACUCAAUCUAGACGGACCUCUUGAGCUAGACAAACUGUGUGCUUUGACUGCAAACUGGGACAUUCAAGUAGACGGAGACGAACUAUUUACAGAAAUGUGCUCACUGAACGAUGCGCUACCAGCCCUAAAGAGUCUGACAAAUGAUGCUGAAUUGCCAUUGUCCCCCCAGCAGCAAGAGUGCCACCGUCGAAUCAGUGUCUCCGAGGUGUGGGUAGAAUUCUUUAAGCGCUGGGAGGCCCCGAACUUACUUAAAAUUGUGCAGCAUGUGCUUGCUGUACCACCCACCAACGCCUUUGUGGAACGUGUUUUCAGUGUUAUGAAGAACUUGAGGAUGGACGAAAGGAAUCGGCCCCGUGUGGACCUGGUGAAAGCUGAGCUAUUCGUGCACUUCAACUACACAAUGACGUGUGCCGAGUUUGCUGGAUUUUUGAAGACAAAAGCAGCGAAGGAGCUUGUGGUGGGAGUGAGACAAGACCGGAAGUGUGAACGUGAGGGAAUGGUGAGUGAGAAUGUGGAAGAGAACCCUCAGCAGGAAGAUCCUGAGCAAGUUGAAACUCACGGGACGUUAUUGGGUAGAUCUGAAGGGACUGUGUCCUGGAGUCCAGAGCACGGAAAAGCCGGUGGGUCUCAGUGCAGGCCAGAGAGACAGCAGGGAAACCAGCCAGGGAAGAACGCGGGUAAAUCCACUCAACGUGACGGUGGUUCGAAGAAUCUUAGUAAAAACAUGAUGCACCAGAGAUCCUCCAAAGGGGAGAGGAAAAACACAUGCACCGAGUGUGGGAAAAGCUUCAGUCGGAGUUUAUACCUUAUUAUACAUCGCAGAACCCACACAGGAGAAAGACCUCAUAAAUGUCUUCAGUGUGGGAAGAGCUUUAUUGGCAUCCCAACCCUGAAAAAACAUCAGAAAAUCCACACGAGAGAAAAACCCUAUAAGUGCCCUGACUGCGGGAAAAGCUUCGGUGAGAGAUCACACCUUAUUGGCCACCAGAGAGUCCAUACAGAAGCAAAAACCUUCAUAUGCUCUCAGUGUGGGGAAACCUUCUGUAACUGGUCAUCCUUUCUUAGACAUGAGAGAAUCCACACCGGAGAGAGAUCUAAACCUCAUAAGUGCCCUGAGUGUGGGGAGAACUUCCGUGAUAGGACUGGUCUUAUUAGGCAUCAGACAACUCACACAGGAGAGAAACCCUAUACCUGCCUGAAGUGUGGAGAAAGCUUCAGUCGGCGCUCAAACCUUACCAGGCACCAAAAAGUUCACACUGGGGAGAGACCCUAUAAGUGCCUCAAGUGCGGGAAAAGCUUCAGUCAGAAAUCAACCCGCAGUAGACAUCUGAGAACCCACUGGGGAGAAAGUGAAUAAGUGCCCUGACGAGGGCCGGCUGAAGUGGGUUAGACCGGAGCAGUUGCACCGCUACAGCUAAAGUCGAGACUACCUUCCUUUUUAACUGCCAGUUUUCCUGUGUGCUCUAAAACCCACAUGUGGACUUGGAUUGUCUUGAAAAUUGCCGUGCCUCAUCUGGGCCGGGGGCAGAGCUAGUGGUGGGAGGUUGUGGUCGUUUGGUCUCGGGGUUCCUCAGAUACAGCCCCCCAGUAAGGAGCUGCUUUUACCAUUCAGAUUGCUCUGAAACCCUGUGCAAACUUAACCCCCAUGAAAAGCAGGAAAUAUUACAUUAGAGUACAUGCUACCCCCACAACAUAACCUUAACUCUGCCCUCUUUGAGUGAAGUCCCAGCGUACCGGUAACACACAUUUGCUCUCUACCUUUGCAGAUGUGACAGAACACUUCAGGAAUAGAGCACUGAUGAGCAGUGUAGGACAAAUUCGGCCACCUUCUGUUGCUAAGGGAAGACUCUGGGGUAGGUCAGGCACAGUGAGCAGCUCUCACUUAUACUCAAAAACUGAGCGUGCUCCACACAAACCACCCCAGAACGACAAAAUGUUCCCAUGGCUUCACCCUUGCCCGGAGGAUUCCCUGGGGGACAUGGCUUUCACUGGCCCCGCAGUAAGCCCCGGAGUCAGAUGGCUGACAGGCUCCGUGGCCACACUCCCUUGUGCGUUUCUACUGACAGACCCUGCAGAACUCAGCACUGCAAUGGAGCAUAACUGACCCUUUUGAAGUACACCUGCACCUCUCCUGCUACCACAGCGACAGCCCUGCCGGCCCGUUCCAGCUAGUCGCUUCACACAGCGCAGGCAGUCAAGUGCAUGCAGAUGAAUUCUAGGAUUCAAAUCUGCAGAAUACAACACGAGCAAUGGUCCAUCUUCUGAGUCCUUCAUGUCUACUUCUUACGGCAACACCGUUACUGAACCAUUCUCAGUGGCUAUUGCCAGCGACAAGGGGGCAGAGUUAAGGUUGCACUGUGGGUAUGACAUUUACCUUAAUUUCUUGGAUAUUAGCGGUGUAAGUUUAGCCACUCUCCCCAUUGUGGAAGGGCACAAGGCAGCGCCGGGCAACCUUAGCUCUGCAUUAACUAAGGUUUUGGACAGUUAAUAUAUUUGCUGAUUCCACAAAUGUCGUCACCGUUUGACUUUUUAGAGACUGGUUACCCAUCUCUGCUGUUAGGAGACAGCAGCCCUCCUCUGGCUCUGCCAGGGUCAGCAAAGGAAAAGGCCCGAUCAGCCCGUCCACCUUCCCAGCUGCUGGGAUUCCCUGCCUCAGCUGGAAUCUUCUCCCCCAUCUUGCCUGGUUCCCCAGCCAGUGUCCUAUGGACUGGGUAUCCGAGGAACCUUUUGUGCCCUUUAUUCACAAAGACCUCCAGGGACCUUGAGCGAUCCAGUGUUUAGGGACUAGGAGAGAUGGGUGAUGGGCGGGGAAGAGCCUGUGUUUGAGCACAGGGGGAUGGGAACCCAGGGACUGAGUGUGUGAAUCAGUGAGUGAUGGUGAGAGUGCUGAGACUGGAGAACUCGUUGCACUAGCAGAGCACAGCUCCUCCUUGCAAAGAGGAGCAGCAGCCGCAGCCAACACCCAGAGAAGCUAAGACAGCAUUUGCCCAGCUGCAGAUGGCUCAUCGUUACAGUCUAAAGGGAUCUAGCAGCCCCUGGAGCUGCCCGCGGCUUGGAGAGAGACAGGCAUUCAGCUCAGGGAGUUCAGCCAGAGCCCUAACGCCUUCUCUCGCGGUUGUAACCUUUGGUUAAGACGCCAGCAGAGUGCAGUGAACUCAAAGGGAAAUUAACGAAUGGCCGGGGUUCUGCCUCCUGAAGAAAUGCCAAGAGCAAUGGGGGCACGGUUCUAAAGUAAUUCUCUGCAAUUGGCAUUGGGCAUGUGGUGUCCUGUGUGUGUGUGUUUGAAAAACAGGAUCUGGAUUAUAUAAAUGGAUGGGGAGGUACUUUGGACAUCUAAAUAAAACACAGUUACUGUUC